AUGACGGCUUUCGAAGACGCGGUUAAGGACUCGAAGAAGUUGACUUCGAAGCCGAGUAAUGAUGAUUUGUUGGAGCUUUAUGGACUGUACAAAGUCGCUACCGGUGAGGAUAUCAGCAAGGCCGAGAACCCAGGCACGUUUGAUCUGAAGGGCAAAGCGAAGAAGCGCGCGUGGCAGAAGAUCGUGGAUGAGGGCAUCUCGCAGGAGCAGGCGCAGGAGCGAUACGUCAAGCUGGUCGAGGAGAUGAAGACCAAGUAUGGGUAUGAUGCGGAUAAGGUGCCCGAGGCCGUUGGGAGUUCGUAG